AUGGCAAUUACUUGUUUGUCCAAGAAUUACGCAGAAAAGGCAUAUGGGGUGCUGGCGCUCAGGUUGUCUUCACCACCUCACCGCCGUACAACGCCGGAUCCAUGCGCGGAUCCAGCGCCCUCGAUAGCGGAGGCUGAUGCUGAAGCCGACGGCGGCGCGGCCACUGCUGCCAUCGCCGGCGGCACCUCCGCCGGCGGCGGCCACUCCCACUCCCACUCCCGCAGCCUCAGCCCCAGCAACCAGGCCUUAGCAUCCCAAGCGGGGGACUCUUGGUCCGCUUGGCACCGGUGGUUAUCCCCGGGGCUGUCGGGGACCUCCCUGGACAGCCCGGCAGUUCGGGGGGCGGAGUUCGGCCCCGGUGCACAACCGCCGCACCCGCACUCACCGCACCCGCAGCCCCUGCCGCUGCCGCCAUCGCUGACCCCGUCAUCGUUUAUGUUGCAGCCGCAGCUCAUAAGCGGGCGCGGCCUCUCGCGGGGCGAGGGCGGUGUGGGUGUGGGUGUGGGGGCCCCCCAGGCGCGCAGCAGCGGCGGAGGCUGGGACCAGCACCCAAGCCUCAACCGUGACCGCUGCCACGCCGCGGAUGCGGACGACGAGUUGCCGACAUGGCGGGGGGAGGGCAAGCUGACAGAGCCGCUGCUGAAGCACAACCGAUACAGCGGCGGCAAAUUGGAUGACAUCGAAUCAGCGGAAGCGGCAGCGCCCGGGUUGCUGGGAGCUGCCGUCAGGGACGGUGGCGGCGUCGCUGCCAUCCCCGCAGCGGCGGCGGCAGCAGCCGCGGCGUCUACGGGGGGCCCCCACGGCGCCGUCGCCGCUCCUCCCCCUCCUGCCCAUGCUGUAUCUGACGAUGUUCGCCACCGCAGCAGCUUCUUCAACGCGCUGGUGUUCGGGAUCAUCAAUGCGGUGGUCAGUAUGCCCACCCUCAUUGCCUACGCUGCCAUUGUGUUCAAGUCCCCGCUCUACACUCCGUACAUUGACAGUCUGUGCCGGUUCUUCUUCUUCAGCAGCGGCAUUCAUCAGCUUGUGUUUGUGGCCCUCAGCACGCUGCCCUUCGCAAUUGGCCAGGUUCAAGACGUGGGCCUUAUCUUCCUCUCCGCUAUGGCCUCCGACAUCGCUCUGCGUGUGACGGGUCCGGAUGCCGCCGCAGUGGCUCUGGGUUCCUCCCUCCUCGCCAUGACCAUCAGCACCGCCAUUGUGGGGCUGCUAACGGUGGUUGUGGCCCGGCUCAAACUGGCUGACAUGGUGUCGUACGUCCCUCUUCCGGUGGUUGGCGGUUACCUGGGUUUUGUGGGCUACUUCUGCAUUGCGGGUGGUACGGCACUGGCGGCGGGAGUCCAGGUUGACACUCUCAUUUCCUGGUCCCACCUGUUGGCCUGGGACCCGCUGGUGAAGCUGCUGCCCACCGCCGCCUCCAUCGCCGCACUGAUGACUUGCGUGGCGCACGUGAGCCACCCCCUGGCCCUCCCUGGCCUCAUCACCGCCAUACCCCUGACCUUCCACGGAGUGUUGUGGGCGGGUGGAUGGGACCUGCAGGCGGCGCAGAGGGCAGGAUGGGUCAUGGCGCCCUCGAGUGGUCUUUCCAACUGCUGGCAGCUGUGGGGUUUAUACAACCUGCAGCACGGCGGUCUUGCUCACGGUGUGGACCUGCGCGCCAUGCUGGCCCAGCUGCCCAAGCUGGUGGGGUUGUUCCUGGUGGUGUGUUUCGGCAGCUGCAUGGAUGUGGCCGCAAUUCAGUCCGACAUGCCCACGCCGCUGGACUUCAACAGGGAGCUCAUGACAGUGGGUGUAUCCAACAUGGUGACGGGGGUUCUAGGUGCGGGCUACACGGGCUCGUACAUCUUCAGUCAAACAGUGUUCACCAUGCGCCAGGGGGUAUUCAACCGGGUCAACGGCUUGGCUGUGGCCAUCGUAGAGCUCCUCGUCUUUGCGCUGCCGUUCAGCGUCGUACAGUACAUGCCGAACUUCUUUUUUGGCGCGCUGCUGGUGUGGUUCGGCAUCGAAAUUUCUCGAGACUGGCUAAUUUUGUCGUACAGGAAACUGAGUCGCCCCGAGUACGUGUUGCUGUGGGCCACCUUCCUGAGCAUCAUGAACGGGGGUCUGGAGCUGGGCAUUGGGGCGGGUAUUGUCAUGGCCACCUUGUACUUCGCAUACCAGUACGCGCAGAGCCAAGUGAGCAGUCUGCGCCAAGUGGCAGCUCGCAGCGGCCGUACACACAUGUACGACACGAGCAGUACACUUGACCUUCUGGGUCGCCGCAUGGCCGUACUGCGGUUGUCGGGGUACGUCUUCUUCGGGAGCUCCACGGGUCUGAGUAAUCAGGUGCUGCAGCUGGCGGCACGGAUGCUGCAGGAGCGCGCAGAGGAGCAGCGGCAACAUGAGGAGUGGGCAAUCACUGCGGAGCAGCGCGACGGCAAGGAAAGCGACCUGAACGGCCGUACAGAGCUCCUAGGAGGGUCCGCCGCCACCGCAACGCCGCCGGUGCCGGUAUCCGCAUCGGCGCCAGCGGCGGUGACCGUGGCGGCGGGGCCGCCGCCGCCCGGGGUAGCGGGUUCCGCCUCCGCUGACGGCGGCUGCGCGGCACCACAUGACGCAGCUGGAGCUGGGGAAGGCGGGGCCCCGGUGUCGCAGCUGGCGUCAGCGCCUCUUUCUGGACUCGGCUGCUCGGCAGGGAGCGGUUGCGAGAACGGUGACACCAGCGUGCCGCUUUCUGAGCGGCACUGGAGGGCCGCGGCAGCAAUUUCCCAUGCUCCCAUCGUGCUGAUCUUAGACUUUGGCUCCGUCAGUGGCAUGGACUCCACCGCCGCCCGCACCUUCGCUACCCUGGUCACCACACUCGCCUCACAACACGUCAAUGUCAUCUUCACCAACCUCGGCCGAUCCGACUUCAGAAAGCUGCUGCAAGCGAAUGGCCUGCCGCUGAGGCCGUACACGCUGCCGCCGCCUCCGUCGCCGUCGCCAGACUCUGCUCGGGGAACUCAGUCUCCAGCCACAGCUGGCCACGGCGGCAGCGGCGGCGAGGCUGCGGCGGGUACCCGCGAGGCGGGCAAGCAACAGCCGCACCAGCAGCCACACCAAGCGAUGCCAACGGAGUCAGUCUUGCUGCGCCCAUCCGCGGGCGGCUGUUGGGAGCUCUCCUCCCCCGACGCCGCGGUUCGGUGCUGUGAAGACGCCUACUUGGCUCUGGCCAUAGCGGUGGGGCUGCUGCCUGCGACAUCCCCCCAGGCGGCAUCCUUGCAGCAGCUGCUCACGCGCAACCUAAGGGAGGUGUUUCCCUCCGUGCCAUCUGACCUGGGCGGAUUGGUGGGAGAGCUGGAGGGCGCACUCACUCGCCGGCAGCUGCAGCUGGGAGACGUGCUGUACGGCGCAGGAGCGGCUGUACGGGGAGUGUACGUCAUUGAGUUCGGCGCGCUCGUGGAGGAGGAGCAUUAUGAGGGUGGAGUGCGUGUCGGCUCCCGAGAGCACGGCGCCGGCGUGGUGGUGGGGGCACUGCAGUUCUUCCUGGGUCGCCCCGCAUCCGCCACCGUGCGCUGUUCCUCCGCCGCCUGCCAGCUAUUGUGCAUCAGCCGGGGCACCUUCGCCAGGCUCAUGGCGCACCACCCCCGCGCACUGGCGGCGCUGCAGGUGCUGCUCAUGAGGUCGGCCUGCUUGGACCUUGCCAGUGCGCAGGAAGCGGCCAACCACAUUGCGGCGGUGUGA